UAGGUCCCCCAAAUCCCCCAGAGCCAGGCUAUGGUGUUUUCCCCUCCACUAUGGCUCAUGGAAAGAAGAUGGGAGGAGAGAUUCCAUUUUAAAGCAGAUGAUUUUAGCUGAAGGGACGGCUCCAUCGUUCUUACUGCACAUGCAAAAAAAAAAAAAUGUAAUCAGAGCAUCUCAGAAGCGGAGCAUCCCGCCAGCGCUAGCUCCUUGCACUGGCGGCUGCUGACUUGGGCUUUUCUCCCUCCCCCCUUUUUGCUUUCUUCAAGAUUAAUCCUUUUAUUUGCACUCUCAACCGCUGACAAUUCUUGUCAAUAAAUGAGGAAGCAUCAUGCUGACCAGUAUCGCCGAUGGGAUCAUGUGUUGCCUGAUGGGCAAGACAACCAACGCGGUGGGGCCCGUGGACAGCGUUGAGUCCAGCGACGGCUACAGCUUCCUGGAGGUGAAGCCCGGGAGGGUCCUGCGGGUGAAACACACCCUGCCCACCCGCCAGUCCGAGGAGGGGCCCGAGGAGGGGCCCGAGCGGGGCAUGGUGCACUGUAAGCGCAAGAUCACCCUCUACCGCAACGGGCAGCUGGUGAUCGAGAACCUGGGCGAUGCCAUCCGCUCCGAGCUCCUGCACUGCCAGAACGGCCCUGUGGAGCCCCAGAGCACCAUGGAACUGGAGCUCUCGGACGUUGCCGGCAAUGCCUCCACCCAGGGCACCGCUGCCAACCCGGCCUCCGGCGCCCGGCAGGCUCCAGCGCCCGGCAAGCGCCGGAAGCGCAAGCCCAAGAAGGUCGUCAACAUCGACUGCAAGAAGCAGAUCAGCAGCUGCAAGGGGACGCAGAGCGACGUGGUGCUGUUCUUCAUCCACGGCGUGGGCGGCUCCCUGGACAUCUGGAAGGAGCAGCUGGACUUCUUCAGCAAGCUGGGCUAUGAGGUGGUGGCCCCGGACCUGGCCGGACAUGGCUCUAGCUCCGCCCCUCAGAUCGCGGCCGCCUACACCUUCUACGCCCUGGCCGAGGACAUGAGGGCCAUCUUCAAGCGAUAUGCAAAGAAGAGGAACAUUCUGAUAGGCCAUUCAUAUGGGGUUUCCUUCUGCACGUUCCUAGCCCACGAGUACCCGGACCUGGUCCACAAGGUGAUAAUGAUCAACGGGGGCGGCCCCACCGCGCUGGAGCCCAGCCUGUGCUCUAUCUUCAACAUGCCAACCUGCGUCCUUCACUGCCUGUCCCCCUGCCUGGCCUGGAGCUUCCUCAAGGCUGGCUUCGCUCGCCAGGGUGCCAAGGAGAAGCAGCUGCUCAAGGAAGGCAACGCCUUCAACGUCUCCUCCUUCGUCCUGCGGGCCAUGAUGAGCGGCCAGUACUGGCCGGAGGGCGACGAGGUCUAUCACGCCGAGCUCACCGUGCCGGUGCUGCUGGUGCACGGCCUGCACGACAAGUUUGUGCCAGUGGAGGAGGAUCAGCGGAUGGCCGAGAUCCUGCUGCUCGCGUUCCUGAAGGUGAUUGAGGAGGGCAGUCACAUGGUGAUGAUGGAGUGUCCGGAGACGGUGAACACCCUGCUCCACGAGUUCCUCCUGUGGGAGCCCGAGACGGCGGCCGGGGAAGGGCGAGAAGUGGAGAAGAAAUAAGCCAGUCAGCGAGUGGUGACCCGGCUGUGGUGCUGCUUUGACGGGAGGGACUUUUCCACGUGGAGAGAGACGGGGUCUGAGUGCAGGCGCAGAGGGGGGGGGGGUGUGGUGGAAAGGCUCCCCCCCCCACGCAUGGAGUUGUUUCCUUCCCUGGAUACAGCUGGAUUGGAAGCUGGACUGGCUGGCGGCUAAGCACAAUGGCUUCAAGGGGAGCGUCUUUGCAGGGCCUGGCGCGCGCAGGCUGGCGGCAGGAGUAGGGCAAACUGGCCGAGGGGCGCGCUCCCUGGGAGGGCACGGCCGCUGCUGGAGCAUCUUCAUCCUGUUUCCUUGUAGUAUAAUUUCUCUCAUGCAACGGCCCCAUUUGGGGCAGGGGGUGGAGAAGCGAGACUGUGGGGAGGGGCUCAGACCGGUUCCUCUAGGUACAGCACGAGGGGCAUCUCCGCUCCCCAGAGCAUCCCACCCCCCAUUCACCAAAGGGGUACUUGAAGGGGGAAGCCAAGAGAUGAGGAUGGCUCUGCCCCCUGGACAAAGCCACAAGGGGCAGCAUCUUCCCAUGAGCUCUUAGCAACUAGAUCCCCCUCUUUGCUUCGGCUGAACGUGUGCCAGCCCCGGGCAGCUGGAGCCCCUCGCCGGAGGGCCAGUGGUGGGCUUGACCCUGCCCGACACAGGGUACCUGCCCCGAGGAGCUCACAACCGAAAUGGCGUGUGGCUUUUGUCCCAGGGAGAAAUGAGGACUGGUCCCCGCACGUCUGGCUGGUAGCAGAGCAAGGCGGGAUAGUGACCGGUGGUGCCAGACUCCGAAGAGCAGCCCUAGAGCCUGGCUCCUGCUGACCCCUAGCUGCCCUGCCUUGGGGCUGGGCCCCUAGAUCUGCUUGACACCAGCUGGCCGAGAGGAGGGGGGCAGCUCAGCAAAGGACGAGCCGUCCAGCAGCAGGAUCUCCUGUUAUUUCUCAGCACCCCCCAGGCAUGCCUUCCACCUCCUAAACCACCAGUGCUUUAGGUACCUUUCCCCUGGCUUCAUCCACACGCCGACCCUCCGUUUCCCCACACAACCUGCCAUGAACCCAUGGGGCCGGAGGAGGGUCUUGGGGAACUGAUUUUGAAGCUGCCCCAUGAUCAGUCAGACCGUAGGUCAAUGACACUGCAUCCGGCUGCACGACGACUCCAGACUGCUCCCUUCACUGCGGCCAGGCCCUGCCUCCGAGCCUUUUCCUCGCCAGCCUCCCGCUGAGCAGCCCCCGAGCACGCAGUUUGGUAGCCCUGCUGGCAGCUAAAGCGCGUCCGCAUGCGACGCGGAGAGGGGGCCGUGACGCGUCAUCUUCUGGCCAGCAACCCCGAGCGUCCGUCCAGCCCCGUUAGCGUCACUUUUUGCACCAAAACCUGGUGGGCGUGGAGUAAUCUAGCCCGGGGUUAGUGCGGGGAGGAGAACACUGCAAGUAAUGAAAGAAUAACUACAAAAGAAAAAUCGGUCACAUACCUAUAGAUGCAAGUACUAUGGAAAAACAACCCUCGGACCUGGUCCAUGCGGCUUUUCCGCUGGACCCUGGCAAACCCAGCAGCGGGGCAGGCACCGUCUGGGAGGGGCUGAGU